AUGUCAUAUUACUCAAAAGCAAAGCCCGACCUCGAAAAGAUUGGGGCCGAAGGGUUUUCUCUCCUCGAUGAUCAUUUCCCACGUGGGCAAAACUCGAAGCGUUCAUCAGCAGCAGCAGCAACUGCUCCACCAUAUAGAACUCAACCACAGAUGAUUUCAUGUCAAUACAAAUUUAAACCCCAGCAGACAUAUUUUGUUCAACAAGCACCGCCAGAAACAGAGAUGGUGAUAGAUUCCUACCAGGCGGCAAACAUGUAUGGUGGGACUCUGCUUGUGGACUACCCUAAAAGGAAGCCUAUCCGUAAGGGUUUCUUUUAUUAA